AUGUUUAUUAACCAGCAAAUACAAAAUCUUGAAAAAAUCUUUCACUCAUUUGUUGAAGAUAAAUGGUUAAAUUAUGAUGCUAUUGAUAUAAGAUCUGAAUUCAAAAAAAGCAUUCCAAUAGGAUGCAAUUUACCACAACCAAAUGUAGUUAUAUUAGCUCCAGGAGAUAAUCUGUGUAAUAAUAUGAACGUUCAUGAGGCAAUAAACAUGUAUUUUGACGAUGUAGUAAAAUAUGUGAAACAAAACAUUGGAAAGUACUUGGGUACUAUAGAUGAUUUAAAAGAAAGAGUUUCAUCUGUUCAAUCAAAAAGAGCACGGAUGAAUUUAUUGUUAAGUGAGUUUGUUGAAGCAUUAUGGAAACUAACAAUUGAACUUUUAGAGGCGUUUAGUUCACCUGAACCAACAACCCAUCCUUUAUUUUCUAAUAUAUCUCAGAAUUAUGACGAAGGAUUUUAUAGGCUUUUUGCUUGCUAUAAUAUUGGCAUAGAAAGGCUUUAUAACAUUUAUAGGCAGGAAAUAGAGAAGACAGUUGAGCGUGAUACAGCUGGUAGGCGUGCACGUAAUGUAAUAAUUGAAACUGUAGCUCAGCAAAAACAGCGGGAGCUAGAAAAAAAACAGUCAGAGAAAAAAAGAAUGAAUGAAUCUGUGGACAAUUCGCAAAUAAGGUCUGAUAAAAAAUACAAAAAACGAAAGAUCUCUGAAAAUACCAAUAAAGGUUUUGGUAAUAAUAAUCCAGGCGCCCAGUACCAAGACGAAUGUAAAAUGCAAUAA